CAGCAGGCAUCAGCGGCGCGGCGGCCACGGCGGCAGUGCGUUGCAGCAUGAUCCGCGUGAGGGCCGCGUACGCGCCAUGUGAAAGUGUUGAGUGACCAUGAGGCAGGGCUGGCAGGAGACGCUCCUGCGGGGGCUACUCCUGCUCCUGCUGCUCCUCGGAUCCCGUCGCCGGAGCUUCGUCGUCUCGCAGGAAUCGAAUGAUGCCGAAAGGAAGAAUCUGUUUGGAGACAAAUGCACGUCAAACGAAGACUGCGAGUUCCCCGGAGCAGUGUGCGAGGGCUACGGAAACGGACACGGAAAAUGCCAAUGUAAACCGGAUCUGCCUGUAACCAACCAUAUUGACAAAUGCGGGAAAGCUGUACGAGUAAAUGAGAGCUGUUUCUUCAAUGAACAAUGCGAAACUGAGACACCCGAGACAGAAUGCAGGGAUCUACUUUGUACAUGCAGAUUCGAAAAACAAGCGGUGCUAAGAGACGGAAAAUUAGAAUGCGUAGUUAUCCAGAACGUACACACACCAGAGAAAUACAUCGAUCCGGCGAUGAUUGGGAUUUUGGUCGCAAUGUUUCUUAUGUUUAUUACCAUUUGUGUUGUAUUGCGGUUAUUUAGCAGGGCACGAUGGAGGGAAAAUAGAACAAUAUUCAACACUCCCAACCCAAGGCUAAUGAACGUAUCAUUACUCAGAGAAAAUAAGCUUCUACAUACAGAUAGAAGAGGAUCACGAAGCAGCGCCAGGGGACCCAGCAGGCAGCCAAGUAUGGCAUCUCUAAGAGCUCACUCCCCAAACUCUCAAGGGCGUUUGUUUCUAGGAUCACGAAGAGGAUCUCGAGGAAGCAGCAACGCAUCAGCGACAUCUAAUCGUUCGAACAAAAGUCCUCCCCAAGCUCCCAAUAUGAGUUCGGCGACGACGCCCAUGUUGGAGAGCGUCACCGUCGAGGUGCAGGAGCCAAAGGCGUAAUUACGGCAGCUUCAGCGCAAAUGCUCUUUUCACGUUCACCCAGUGUAUGUUUUAAGUAUUCGAACAUACCACAGGAUGUCUACGUAUUUUGAAAAUCUACAAUCUCUUUACUUACUUCGGUAGUAAUAGUGAUGUUAGGGACCAGGAAAGGUUAAAUAUUUGUCCAUUCAUCACGUUCAAUUCACUAGAGUCAAGUUAUUUGUAAGAUAUUCUGUAAAUUUUUCUUCAUUCUUCAUUUGCUAGUUCACAAGGAAAUCGUACAAAAUGAUCUAAAAAAAAGCACAGGUUUCUGAAACGUUAUGAAGCACAUAGAUAUUUACAUAUAGAGAGUAUAUAGAGUUAAGGUUACUGAUGAUAUCUAAAACUUAUCUGCUUUACUUAAUUUUACUAAAUUAAGUUUGGUGGUACAAAAAAUACUGGGAAUAUUUUGUGAUACUACCAAAAUCAAGCUGUGAUUGUAUGUUAGUAGCUUUUAGGGAC